AAAAUCUGUCUUUCUGCCGUUUUAGUUUCCACCCCAUCCCCUGCCUUUAAAUACUGUACUGUCUGCAUUCCUCGUACAGAGAAGCCUCUCUGCUUACUUCAAAUCUUCUUCCCCGGUUGAAAGCCACAGUUAUCAGGGGAAGUAGAAGGGGGCACAAGAAUGCCUACUUCUGAGAAGGAUGCAUUGGGUUAUCUCGACGCUGUAAAGCAGACAUUUCGGGACGAACCCCAAACGCACGAGGACUUUCUCGAGGUUUUGAAGGAUUAUAGAGCUAUGAGAAUUGACACUAGCAGUGUCAUUGCAAGGGUGAAGCAGCUAUUUAGAGGGCAUCCCGACCUGAUUUUGGGGUUCAAUACCUUCCUGCCUGAGGGAUAUAAGAUCAGCCUCGCAGUUGGCGAUGCUAAAAAACCUCCUCCUCCACGGAAGAAACCAGUUGACUUUGAAGACGCCAUCACCUUCAUCAGCAAAAUUAAGAGGAGGUUUCAAGGUGAUGCUCGAGUUUACGAUUCGUUUAUGGAUGUCUUGAUGAGGUUUCGGAGUGGGCGUCUACCCAUAGCAGAGGUUUAUCUACGGGUGGCUGAACUUUUCAAAGACCACAGCGACCUACUUGAGGACUUUGUUCAAUUUUUGCCGGAGAGCUAGCAGAGCUAUUCGCCAGUAGUUGUCAUAUGACAGAAGCUCCAAGAAGAGAAAGAAAGUUUGUGCGGAUACUAUUAGAGGUUGAGAAGAGGGUAGUUUUUCUUCUGUUUUUGAGAGGAACUUUGGAAUGUUUUGGAUUGGCGUUUCGUUUCAUCAUCGUUGAAUAAAAUACUGAAGUUGC